UUUCUCCUGUUUGUGAGCGAGUAGCCUAAAUCCCCCACAGUGUUUCCACCGUGUUUUCCGGACCUUACUUGUUAUAUAUUAUAUUCUUACCUGUUGCCCAUGGACUCUGUAAGUUUUGGGUUUAGCCAUUUGAUAUGGUCAAUAAAUCCCAACAUUUGCUUUUGGGUCCCCUCCUUUCGCGAUAAUACAAAACCUGGUGUAUGCUAUUAAUACAACGUUUGUGUUCGAUUAACAUCUCUGUGAAGAGUCCAAAACCGAGGUAGGCUGGGAAAUGGAGUUGUUUAGGACCAUGAGGCGCGCAGCUGAGUCCCUGUAGAGAGGAGCAUGGAUGGGAAAGCAGUGUAGUGCUGGAGCGUCGUCUCCUCGCGCUGAUCCAAGUGAUGCUGCUGCUCUAGUAUUGCAUGCUGAAGACUCCAGACUCCGCGUGAGUGAGCUCUGGUCCCGGUAUGAUGAAGGCUCGGUUUGCGUUGGGAAACGAGGGGAAUUGAAGAUGAAGAUCAGAGUGUGCCAAGGCGUUAGUGGCAUCAUCAUCAUUACCAUGGUUACCAGUAUUAUGUUGGUGUACAACAACAGCUUCAGGGAUAGAUCCUCUUCUCCAUCUGUGUCAUCAUUGUCGUCCCAGCGUUCAGAUGGUCCUGCUCCAACCAGAAAGCCACAGAGACCUCCUACAUCAACACUGGAGGGGUACACAGGUGUCGUGGAUCGUAAGCAUCUGAAGAUGCACUGCAGCACAUGUGCCCUGGUGACCAGCUCCGGCCAGCUAACUGGGAGAAAGAGAGGAGAAGAAAUCGACCGCUCCGAGUGUGUGAUCCGUAUGAACGAUGCGCCUAACAUUGGCUAUCAGAAGGACGUUGGCCAACGCACAAGCCUACGUGUCAUAGCUCACUCGAGCCUGCAGAGGGUUCUGCGGAGCCGGCAGCAGCUGCUUAAUGCGAGCCAAGACACGGUGUUCAUCUUCUGGGGACCAAGCAGCUGCAUGAGACGGGAUGGGAAGGGACACGUUUACAACAACCUCAGACUGUUAAGCCAGCUGCUGCCCAGACUUAAAAUCUACAUAAUUUCCAGGAUCAAAAUGCUGAGGUUUGAUGAACUUUUUAAGAAGGAAACAGGGAUUGAUAGGAAAAGCUCAAACUCCUGGCUAAGCACCGGCUGGUUCACCAUGGCCAUCGCCCUGGAGCUGUGUGACAGGAUCAACGUUUACGGCAUGGUACCUCCUGAUUACUGCAGAUCCUCCUUUCAUCCCUCCUUGCCGUAUCAUUACUACGAGCCUUCAGGGCCCAACGAGUGUUCCAUGUACCUCACCCACGAGAGGAGCCGACGAGGAAGCCACCACCGCUUCAUCACAGAGAAGACGGUGUUUGCAAACUGGGCUCGAACCUUCAACAUCCACUUUAACCAGCCUGACUGGAAGCCUGCCGCUGUCAUCACCAGCAUGAACAGCUCGUACACUCCUGUUCCUGCUGGAUCCUGAGAUUCAACUCUAGAGACCAUCCCCAGUAGUGCAGAAUAUGUGCAUGGACGGUUUCCAGCGUGCAGAUUCUGGCUCUGGCUGACAUGAGCGCAUGAGACAGCAGUAAGACAGAACAAGCCUCUGUUGUGGCUCUUAGCCGGCCGCCUAAGCAGCUUGGCAGAAUGGGAUCAUUGCAUAAAAGCAGCACAAAGCCUCAGCGUAUUUUGGAAGUGUAGCUGUAAUAGGAUGAAUUUCAUACUGGAAUCAAAGCCACAGCAGCAGGACUCAAGUGUGUUUUUAACUCUGAAGAGCUGCUUUAGUAACACAGAGGACAGACAAUAAGACAGCACACCUCUGCAUCCAACGCAGACAGAUUCCUUUUAAUGUGUUUAAACUGAGAACAGAUUGACUGAGGACGAUGAGAUUCUGUUAUUGAACUUAAACGACCUGAAAAGAAGUUUAUACUUUUCAAUUUGACAUAAAUUGGAAAAAGUGUUUGUUAAAAGCCGAUUUUGAUACUUUCAGAGCCACUGUAUUAAUAAUUAAAUUUUUUAAAACAA